AUGCGUAUCAUUGAUGCCAUCCUUAAUAACUUUUGUGAAAAUUAUUUCUCUGAUUUGAUGGUCCUCUUGUUGUAAUUAUGUUUAAUCUGUUACAACUAACAAUUACAGUUUUAUCAAAUAUUAUAUUUUUUAUAUAUAAAUUAAAAUUAAAUCAUUUAAAUGAAUUUUUAAGAAUUAACUAAAAGAUUUCGAUCAUUAAUUUUAUAUAGUUUAUAAUGUUGUUGAGAAACUUCUACUAAUCUGACCACCUGAAGAAUAAAAAAAAUUGGGUCAAAAAAAGGAGAUCCUCUUAUUUUUUAAUUUAAGAUAUCAACACUCUAUUGUAACUGCUCCAUCAGUUUUAAAUCUAAUAUUAUUGAUUAUUCAGCUCAAGAAGAUGAUGGUCAUGUUAUUAAAAAUUGUGUUACAUACAUUAGAGUUACUAAUCGAUACUAAUGUUAAAGAAAAAGUGUUCCACAUUUCAACUGCAAUAAUUGUUCAUCUAAACUCCCAAAAUUAGGUAAUUAUUAAUUAUUUAUUCAAUUAGAUUUAAACGAAAAAGAUUGGUUUUUUAGAUGUGAUUUUUGUGAAAACUUCUUUUGUACUCUCUGAUCAUAAAAAUUUUUUAUAACUUAGGAAAAAAAUUCUAAAGCAAGACUGGAAAGACUUAUUGUACAAUGACUCAUACUCCAACACAUGCUGA